UUGGUUUGGUAUUUUUUCGAUAGCUUCAACGUCACGCCGUCCAGUUGCUGUUGUUGUUUUUAAUAAUUUCGCCUGGAUUUCCAUUUGUAUAAAUAAAAAAUGGUUUUUGUUAAGAACUGGGAUGAUUUCGAGAUUGCCGUCGAGAACAUGUACUUGGCCAAUCCACAGAACUGUCGACUUACCAUGAAAUACGCGCACUCCAAGGGUCACAUUCUGCUAAAAAUGACGGACAACGUUAAGUGUGUGCAGUACAAAGCGGAGAACAUGCCGGAUCUGAGGAAAAUCGAGAAGAUCACCAGCAACUUGGUGGGACACAUGGCGUCCAAGGAAUAGAACGCAGAAAAACAGAAACUUUUUGGCCACGGCGACACUUCUGCCCAGGAACAACAACAAAGAUCAUAGCACAUGCAUGAGCAUGUGAAUCGGCCCCAAGUGUUGUUGUUGCUUCGCGCGGAGCAGGUGUGUGCGCGUGUGUGUGCCAUCAACACCCGCAUUGAAUUUAGUUUUUAAGCGCCAAAGAAGCCGCCGAGUUUUUGACAUUCGAAUGUGGCGAUCAGAGUAGCUGCUGCAUUUAGCCUGCUUUUAAACGACAUUUCAUAAAUGUCUGCUCUGUACACGUUGCGAAUGAACUGCGGAUGGAAUCAUCAUCAUCAUUAUACUCUACUGGUGGUCCAAAUCCCCAUCUGCAGUUAGCGGCGGCGGUGCAAAAUGUUUUUCUUAAAGUUAACCAUACGGUUUUGUAUUUAUUGUAAGAGUCAAUCGAUCGUUCAACACAUUUCCAUGAAACGAUCAGCAUGAAAUAAAUCAAGGGAGAACUGAAAUAUGCAACGAGA